AUGUAUGUCUGUAGCACAAAAUGGGGGUUUGGGGGCAAUGUUGAGGAAAUAACGCAGAAGCAGGCGCCGAGAAAGCGAGAUAGAAAGCACUGGGAAGUCGCUUUAGACUCUAGAGAGAUCAGAAUCCCACACACAAAUACUGCGCGAGCCAGAGCCGCAGCUCACUCCCCUCGACCUCCGACUACUCCCUUGUAUCUCCCUGUACGGCUGCGCGCUCAUACGCCCCGCUCUAACCGCGCCCUCCGCCCGUCUGAACCUCGAAAUCUCCGUCUAGAGUUCAGGGCUAUUUCCCAGAACCCUCUCAAUCUCUCGGACGCAGCACAUCACACCGAUUCGUCCUCAGAGGACUUAUUGGUUCCUGUUCCUCACGAACUCUCCCAUCCCUACAACUUGGAGUCAUCAGAUUCUUACCUGCCCACCAUCGAUCCCUUCACCGAUUCCUCGCCCUCGUCGCAGUCCUCAUCACCUCCUUUCAUUCUCCGUCCCGUCUCACCCUCUCCGUCGCCUCCACCGCCUCCACCGCCUCCACCGCCUCCGAACCAGAACAUGGCAGCUGUUGUGCCCAUGCCCGCCCGUGGUGCCCGAGGAGCACCUGAAUUCGACCCAUCGAAGCCCCGUGAGCUUCCACGCUUUUUCACGGACCUGGAAUACCAUUUCGGGCUUGCCAGCAUCGCCGAUGCUCAAGAACGGAAGCGCCACGCCCUGCGGUUUCUCCCUUUUGAUGAAGCCGAGCUCUGGGAGUCUCUAGAUUCGUUUGCCGCGCCUCACAACUACGACGCAUGGAAAGCUGAAGUUUUGAAGCUUUAUCCCGGCACGGAUUCUGACCGCAAAUAUGCGACUUCGGACCUCCAUGCGCUCAUUGGCAAAUACGCCAGCUCGGGGAUUCACUCACGCGCUGAAUAUAGCGAAUUUUAUCGCCUUUUCCUGGUCAUCUCGAAAUACCUCAUAUUAAAGCAACGGCUGUCUCCGGUUGAGCAGUCCCGGGCGUUUCGAACCGCCAUCGCUCCUGCCUCGCUUUGGAACCGCGUGCACCAGCGGCUACAAAUUAAGAAGCCUGAUGUUCAUCCUGAAGACCCAUAUGAACUCGGUGAUAUGAACGAAGCCGUGGAAUUUGUUUUGGCUGAUUCCACUGGGUCAUUUUCGUUUCAGACCACGGCGCCUCCAGCUGCCUCGUCCCCGGUCACUGUCAAGUCCGAAGCUGACCCUAAUUCGGCUAUUCUCGGCGAAAUCCUCAAGCUCCUUGUGGCGCAGAACGCUGCACGCCUAGGCCCUGCGCCCGCCGUUUCAUCAACCACGCCGUUGCCUUCAUACCCUGCGCCUCCACAACGCGAAAUAUGGGCUGUCCGUACCCGACAACAAGCCCGUGCAGCAAUCGAAGCUGGCAGUCGAUCUGGGGAUCCUGUCGAAGCUCCUGAACAGAAUAUUCGCUCGACACCACCCCCAGCUCGUAUUCCAGCCCCUGCUGUUGCUACGCCGGCCCGUGCUCCGGUUUCAGCUCCGGCCCCUGCGCCUGCUAUUUCUCCGACCAACGCUGUGCCCGAGCAUCCGUAUGCCCGUGCAAGAGACGCCGCUUAUGCGCCACCACAAGACCGCAAUUUUGGCGCACGAGUUCCGGCCCCAGUAGCCAAGAAAAACGAACCGGCCUAUCGUUCCUCAGCCCCGGUUUACGACGAGAAACACGCCGACGCUGUAUUUGGACGCAUAAUGGACACAAAAAUCGAGAACUCAGUCCAGGAGUUGAUGUCUAUUUCCCCCGAGGUGCGCUCCCGCAUGCGUGAUGCUACCAGUAGCCGUCGAGUUGCUCCGGCUGCUGAUGGUAAAACCGCGGCCCCGCCAGUCUCAACGAACGUUUAUGAGCAAUAUACCGUUGAUCCCCUGCCACCAGACGCUUACAUCGAGACCCUGGACGAGCAGAAGCGUAGUGAUGCACGAAACGCUGCGUUCUUCGACUCAAUGCCUGCUGGUUACAUGAAUUCGGCCCUUCCACAUGGCGCCAUCAUCAUUCCGGACUAUUACGAAACACUGGUUCAUUCCGGCGCGUUGUGA